AUGAUUUACAAUCAGUUGAGUGUUGUCUUCACCCAUAAUGAAGAAAGGGAUUCAAUUCAAGUGCCGGAAUAUACAGUAGAGAGUAUUAAUUUAGGAUUUAAUUCCAAACUGAAAGUCAAUGUUCAGGAGUUGUCGACUGUUUUGGAGGAGAGACUGUGCGCUCCAAACACUACUAAUCCGGAACUCUUUCAGAUAUCUUUGGCCACUUUCCAGAAUGAAUUGACUCAAACCAAUAGUGAAAAUAUAAAGAAUGAGAACAUAGGGCGUCGGCUCAACACAAAACAGUUGAUUAAUUACGAGCACAUCAACGAUGAAAGGAAUAGACUUCGGAUCACUAUUUGUGAGGCAAAUACAAGAGCAGACUUAUUAGCACAAGAAGUGGACGACCAAAACGCCAAACUCGAGGCCUCCUCUCACAACAAACUCAUUCUUUUGGAGAAGAAAUAUAACGAACAAAUACGAGGGCUUCAGGAAGAGCUUCAACGGGAAAGGGAGACAAUGGAUAAGCAGUCGUUAUGCUUAAGAGAAGACAUUAGCAAAGAGUUGUCGACAGCACAGGAACAGUCAUCCCGGUUGAGGGAAAAGAUACUUGUCUUACAGCAGGAAAACAAACGCCUCGAAAAUGAAGUCCAAUCCGUGAACUCAAAACACUUAGAAUUGCAAAAAUCUUUCAUCGAUUCACACAAAAGGCUCGACGAGACCGAGAUUUUGAGGAAAAAACUCACAGAAUUAGAGUCAAUGCAAGGCUUAGUGAGUGAAGAGCACUACCAAGAAAUCGAUUCAUUGAAAGCACAAAAUAAGGGAAUACAAGACCAAAACGAUGAGUUGAUUUUGCAAAUGGAAACUCUGAAACAACAAAUACAACAAAUUUCAAUACAUCGCCAAAACGGCAAAAAGUCUAAAACGAGUAGAAGAGUGACAAACCAGAGAAAGAGCAGGUCUUGGCUUUCAGAUUACAUACAAUCGGUUGGUGUCGAAGAAUUGGACAACAAUUCUAACAACAAAUCUGUCGUCGCUUUCAACUUAAAAAGAAGAGGAAAUGAUUCCACUUCUUCUGAUGAGACUGAAGACGACGACUGUUCACCAAUUGGUAGGACUAAGCGAAUGUAUUUGCUUUCAAAACUGAUAUCCGGUUUCCCAACAGAUAAUAGUUUGGAUGAAGAAUAUGGAGAGUCGAUGAGUCAAAACAAUGAGUUGGUCUCAGAGGGGACUCUCCUUAAGGAAAUUGAUGGACUCAGACAUCAAUUAAGUACACAAAUUGGUCCAACAGAUCAUAAUAUGAUUGUCGAUCGCAAUGAGUCUGUCCUUCAAAUGCAACACUUCUACGAAAAGGCUUUACAUAACAAAGAAGUUAAUCUUAAGGAACAAAUGGAAGUUAAUUCCAAUUUAAACGCAACCCUUAAGGAACUCAAGGAAAGACAUUCAAUCAUUGAUUUUGUCUUAGAAUCAGACGAUUUAGAUCUCAACAUUAAUCGCGAAACUCUCGAUACUCUCAUACAAUCACUAAACGAGCACUUAAUUGAUGCCUUCAAUAGAUCUAACGAUGGAUUAGAAGUCACACAUCGGAAGACUUAUAAAGGAUUGAAUCGAAGUCAUAGAGAAUACAGAGAAAGAGAUGUGAACCAAUCUUCUACUCUCAAAGAUGUGUCACAAAGACAUGGAUCUACUCAUGAGAAGAAAUCAAUGAAUAUCUCAAACAAGAGUUCUGGUGAUAUGUUAUCAGCAAAUUGA